AUGGAUACAACAGCGGUCUUGGACAAGUACACGCAGGACCUCCUGAAUCUACCGCUUGAGGUCAAGCAUCUCUUUGAUGAAAUCAAGGCCAAGGAUCAACAACUAGCGGAAGCCAGACGUCGCUACCAAAGCAAGGACUCCCAGCUCCAUAAGUUCAUACGUGCUAAUGGCACGCUUACUAAGCACCCUAAAGAGGUGCAACUCAACCAGAAGGUAGAGGAGGAGAUGAAGCAAAUGCAAAGUAUACAGAAGGAGAAGAUUCUUCUAGCCAAUACUGCCUUGUUCCUUGUGUCUAAGCAUAUGUUCAACUUCGAAGUCGAUAUCCAGAAACUUGAACGUGACGAUCUACUUGCACCUGUUGACGAAGAUGCUCUUGAAGACUCUGUUGAGGAAACGGCAUCGGCCACUCCUCGCGAUACUCCAGACCCAGUGAAGAAGAAGAGAUCAUACUCGGUAAUGAGGCGCUACAAAAGACUCAAAUCUGAGGACCUUGAUGACGGCAGACUGGACGAAAGUACCCCAGAGGUUAGCUCCAGAGCGCAUCAUAAUGCACUUGGCCCCAGGGCUCCAUCAGGUGCUUCAGGCGAAGAUGCCGAUAACAACUUGUACUGUUUCUGCCAGCGCAUAUCCUUUGGCGAGAUGAUUGGUUGUGAUAACGACGACUUUUUCGCCGCUGCUGCCAUCGUCGCAUCUGUUUCUGCUGCCUCCAGCUCUGCCUCCAGCUCUGCCUCUGGUUCUUCCUCCGCUGUUGCCAAGUCCAGCUCUAAGGCCAGCUCUAAGACCAGCUCCAAGGCUAGCUCCUCCAAGGCCAGCUCUUCCAAGGCCAGCUCUUCCAAGAAGUCUUCUGGUGCUGCCUCUGGCCAGACCGUUGGCGGUGUGCUUGCCGUUGCUGCCCUUGUCGGUAACAUGAUGCUUUAA